UAUCAGAUGGCAAACCUCGCAGAGGUUAUCAAUGUGCCAGCCUGUUUCGUGGAACCCCACAAGGAUCCCUCCAACGGGCGUUUAUACAUAUCAAAAGACAUCAUCUUCCAGGAGGACCUCCGUCUUGCCGAUCCAUCAAUACCGACUACUCCACACAACCCGAAGGUUCUACCCAAUGCGGCCCAUAAAGCGGCUGCGGCGAUUCCUUCGGCGACACCAGGCCUACCCACUGCGGCCUGUCAAGAGACUGCAGCGAUUCCUGAUCCAUCAAUUGAUAAUCUAUUCAUUGAUGAGGAAAUUCGACCUGAGUGUCCAUUAUUUCUCGUACCCACUAAUAAUUGGUGGAUUGACUAUGAUAUCUCCGCGAGAAUACCUACCUUUUUAGUGCAGAAUACACUGAACUCCCCGGAACCCACAGUUGAAUCUGAUGACCCUCCGACAUCUACAAGGGAUAUCACUACAGUGGGGGAAGCUUCAGUGGGGGACAGUCUUGAAGACCUACCCACCGAUCCCGAGAUCGCUGCACUCCCGAUCCCGAAAAACCUCACGCGCGCCAAAGCUUCCAUGGAAUGGAAGUAUUAUUACAAGGCCCGUGUUAAAGAGGUCAACCGUUUGAAAUAUACGCGUUGGAAAGAGAAUAUAUAAAGAAGAUAGGGGGAUAGGGGGAUAAAAAAUGAUGUAUAUCAUGACUGGUUUUUCAUUACUUCACAUUUUCCAGUCAUUUUUUGUACCUGUACUUGAUUUGAAGGCGAAUUUUGUAUAUAGCAUCGUGUAUAGUUACUCUGGUGAGUGGGGGUGUCAGGUCACGUGAUCUGGCUUACUAAUCCCUCCACCAUAUAACUUUCCA